AUCAAUGAUGUAGGAGUUGAGCGAAAAUUAUUAAAAUUCGUGAGAGCCUAAUGUGUCCUAAAAACUAGCUUCGGGGGCAGCACAAUUGUGUCAACACAAUGUUAUAAUACUUAUUUAUGUUAAAUUUUAUCAUUGAAAUAAAAAAAAAUAUCGCUUUAAAAAUACUCCGGAUAAUCGAGUCUAAAAUUCCGGAUAAUCGAAUUCCGGAUAAUCGAGUCUCCGGAUUUUUUUUUUUCCUCCCCUGUUGGGGAAAUUAAGCCACUGCGUCCAAUAAGCUGAACUUUUGUGGCAUGUCCCGUUUUGAUAUUCGCAUCUAGCCAGCAAAUUACCAUGUGUCAAGUAAUCAGCUUCUGCCACGACGCGUCGUCUCCCAGUCAGGUGCAAUGGAAUUAAUAAACCCCAAGACCUUCCCAGGUUCUGCAGACCAGAUCUCACUGGGUUGCAAGCAACCACUAUUUAGAAAUCUUUGCCUGCGCAUGUAUAAAGCACCACAACUGCAAAGCAGAUGUUCCGAGGUUUCACGUUCCGUAUUACAGAAACGACCGAUAUCACUCUGAAUCUGGCCAAUAUUUUUCAAGUGAUACCUACUCGGGCAGUGUCCAGUUACUAGGCCAGUGUAUGUACAUAGAGCUCUCUUGUUGAGCUCUAAGAGCUUUUUGGUUUUAUAAGCAUUUGGUGUUAUAAAUCGUUUUGACUGAUUGAGUCUCCGGAUAAUCGAGUCCGACCUGUACUCGGAAACGCAGUUGUGCAAACUUUUUUUUUUAAUUUUUAUUUACGUGUAUUUUAACCUUCCGUAACUCGCGCGGUUGACUACCUGCAUCAGCACCACGCUAAUGAUGAGUACAAUAAGCGAGAUUUUUUCAACGUGUUGUACAAAAUACAACAGCGCGAUCGCUCGAGGGUUAACAUUUGCUAAUUCUACAUUUUCGCAUAAACUGGUCAGCUACAUAUGAAAUGAUACGAAGGUCCACAAUCGGAUUUACAGCUGUCACAUACUCGGCUGCAGCACUAGGCUUCGUGUUGACAUAGUAGGCAAUCGCCUCUGCCCUGAGGGGUUAGUUACACUCUUGACAACCAUGGAAUGUUAUUUUUUCCUAACAGUCAGUUCUUUACUAGACUCCGACCAGUGUGGUCGUUAAUAAAGUUACACCGAAACUUAUCUGUUGCUGGCAAUACUGCCCGCUUUUCCACUGGAACAGACUGACAGAAUCAAUACACACACGAACUGCCUUUUUCUUAUGCCGUUUUUCUUUUUGAUCCAGUUCCAACCUGGGUUGGAACUGGAUGAGAUCACAGUUUGAACCCCAACCCGACUUCGGUUUCGCUUGUACUAAAGUUUGUUUGAGUUUGUUUGACGUUUGUUUGUUUACACAUUUUCCGCCAAUCCAGUUCCAACCCAGGUUCAAAAAGAAAAACGGCAUUAGUCUAAACUGUCAUCCAACGCAAUGACAAAGUAGAAGUGUGUGAUUUACUUGUAAACAGUCAGUUUAGCUGAGUGCUUUAUGUAGAAACCAAGUGAAUUGUUAUAAUACGUAGUCAAGUCCAAUUGAAUUAAACCUAGUUAUUAUCACAGUAAGUUUCUGAAGAUUAUCACAGUUGUUUUCUAAAUCUAAAUAUGCUUAAUCUAAUGUGAACUUUGUAGAACAGUGAUGGAACAUAAACAACGAGAGCAUAGAGGCCAAACCCUGUACUCAAACAUGCGUUAAACCGAAUUUUGUAAGUUAUUACUUUUAAUACUAUUCCUAGAACUAAUGUGAAUAAAUAAUCCACAGCUUAAAGCUGAUUCGCACCCACAACUUGGAGUUUGCGAGCUGCUAGAAAGAAUUCGACCCUACACACCAAAUUUUCGAUUUCUCAUCCAGCAAUAUGAAUUGCUGAGAUGCAACCAGCAAUUUUUAUUUUACUGAAACAUCAGUAAUGGUAACUGAUGAGUCAGCAAUGAUUGCAAUUGCUGAUUACCAGCAAAUCAUGUGUCAAACACUUGUAGUUCCCCGGGAAUUAUGUUGCGCACUCAUCUUCUUAACCGUUAUGUGGCCGGCAAACUUUUUGCUGUUUUCUACACCGUGUAUUUUAAAUGGGUGCUGGGUACCCGGGUACCCUGCCGGCCACAUAAGGGUUAACAUGUAGUAAAUCGCCAAGAAUUCAAAGGAAUUCCAACAAAAAAGCACUUUGCAGCACAAAAUGUAAGGCACCGCAUCUUUUAUGGAUAUUCCAAGCCUUUGAGCAUUGUUUGCUAGCUGUAAAUUACCAACGAUACCAUUUAUUUAUAAAACUGGAAAAUUUGUAAAUAUUUGGAAAAAAAAAUCAAAAAAUUCCAGCUGGAGUCGAACGCGGACAACAUUGCUGGUCAACCAGCAAAAUAAGCUGUCAAUACACGAUACUGAAGAUCCAGCAAACAAUAUUUUGCUGGAUGUAAAGCUGAAUUUACAGCAUGUCAAAAACCAGCAAAUUUUUGCUGAUUUCCAGCGAAAUAAAAAUAGUGUGUAACCUCCUCUGUGUUCCCGCAACAUUAUCCGUGUCGCAUUCAUUCCGAAGCACCCACCUCAACAGGUUAUGGGCCCAGCGCGAAGGACGUGGAAGCGGUGCAGUGGAGUGACCAUGUGCGGAAUGCGGAUAUUCUCGGAUGCAAGAGGUUUGUCGGAGGUGCUCACCGAUGUGGUCUCGGAAGAAGCAACCGACAAGAGCAAGUUUUGAAGAAUGGAAUCUCCAAGCGGCUGGCGUAUCAGAGGUGAUCACCGGUGUGGCACCGGAAGCAUCAACUGAACGAGUCGUGUUGGUGAAGGACCGAAAGUUAUCUCCAAGCGGCUGACAGAAGUGAUCACCGGUGUGGCACCGGAAGCAUCAACUGGACGUGUCAUGUUGGAGAAAGAUCGGAAGUUACCUCGGCUGUUUCACGAAGCGUAGGGCGUCGCGGAAGUUCUCACCGGAGUGGCUCCGGUAGCAGAAGCCGAUAAAGCCAAGUUCGAGCCAGAGGGGGAAGCAAGACUGACGAGGGCAAGGUGAAUCGCGAGUUGAUCGUUGGAAGUUUUGCGGAUCCAGUGGGACUGGAAGCACAACGGAAGGUUCAACUGUCGAAUAGUUGUGCCUGGAUGAGUGGACCAACCAACCUCAGGAAUCCAACAACAAAUCCAGUGACGAAGGGAAGUUCUCGCUGAUCGCGGAGUUCGCCGGUCGGUCGAUUGAGAGGGAGUGUUGACAUAGUAGGCAAUCGCCUCUGCCCUGAGGGGUUAGUUACACUCUUGACAACCAUGGAAUGUUAUGUUUUCCUAACAGUCAGUUCUUGACUAGACUCCGACCAGUGUGGUCGUUAAUAAAGUUACACCGAAACUUAUCCGUGUCGCAUUCAUUCCGAAGCUCCCACCUCAACACUUCGCGAUUCCGAAUAAUAGAAACGACUGAUACGACGGCGAAUGUGAACAGUUGAAAAACGAGAAGAAUGCGGCAUGGGCGAGAAUGCUGCAACACCGUACGAGAGCGAAUGAGGCACGUCAUAGACAGGUGCGGAGCAGGCAGAACUCUGUCUUUCGGAGAAAUAAGCGCCAGCAGGAAGAACGAGAUCGCGAAGCGAUGGACGAGCUGUACCGCGCUAAGGACACACGGAAGUUGUACGAGAAGCUGAACCGCUUGCGCAAAGGCUUUGUGCCACAAGCCGACACGUGCCGAGACAAUCACGGGAAUCUUCUCACGAGCGAGCGUGAGAUGGUCGAAAGGUGGCGGCAACAUUACGAUAAGCACCUCAAUGACGACGUUGCAAACACCGAAGGUGACGUGGUAACACAUCUAGUAGUACGUGUGCAUGACAAAAGAUUUCCAGCUCCUAACCCCCAAGAGACUGAUGAGGUUGGCCGGUUGAAAAGUAAUAAAGCCGCUGGAGCAGAUCAACUACCAAGCUUAUAAAAUACGAUGGAGAAGCACUGGUGAGAGCACUACACUGGGUCAUUACCAAGAUUUGGAAGGAGGAAGUAUUACCGGAGGUAUUGUGUGUCCCAUCUACAAAACGGGCGACAAGUUGGAUUGCGGGAACUAUCGCGCGAUCGCACUACUGAGCGCCGCCUACAAGAUACUCUCUCAAAUUGUAUGCCGCCAUCCAUCGCCGAUUGCAAGAGAGUUCGUGGGGCAAUAUCAGGCUGGAUUUAUGGGUGAACGCGCUACAACGGACCAGAUGUUCGCCAUCCGCCAGGUGUUGCAGAAAUGCUGCGAAUACAACGUGCCCACACAUCACUAGUUCAUCGAUUUCAAAUCGGCGUAUGAUACAAUCGAUCAGUUUUGGCAGCUAUGGCAGAUUAUGCACGAAUACGGAUUCCCGGAUAAACUGAUACGAUUGAUCAAGGCGACGAUGGAUCGAGUGAUGUGCGUAGUUCGAGUAUCAGGGACACUCUCGAGUCCCUUCGAAUUUCGCAGAGGGCUACGGCAAGGUCUUUCGUGCUUGUUGUUCAACAUUGCGUUAGAGGGUGUAAUAAGGAGAGCGGGGAUAAACACGAGUGGGACGAUUUACACGCAGUCCGUUCAGCUGCUUGGUUUCGCUGAUAUUGAUAUUAUAGCUCGCGAAUUUGAGACGAUGGCGGAAACGUACAUCCGACUAAAAAGUGAAGCCAGGCGAAUCGGAUUAGUCAUUAAUGUUUCGAAGACAAAGUACAUGAUGGCAAAGGGUUCCAGGGAGGAAUCUCCGCGCCCGCCACCCCGAAUUUAUAUCGACGGUGAUGAAAUCGAGGCGGUUCAAGACUUCGUGUACUUGGGCUCACUGGUGACCGCCGACAACGACACCAGCAGAGAAAUUCAGAGGCGCAUUGUGGCAGUAAAUUGAGCUUACUUUGGACUCCGCAGAACUCUACGAUCGAAUAAAGUUCGCCGUAACACGAAGUUAACUAUCUACAAAACGCUGAUUAGACCGGUAGUCCUCUAUGGGCACGAAACAUGGACCCUACGUGCAGAGGACCAACACGCCCUUGGAGUUUUCGAACGGAAGUUGUUGCGUACCAUCUACGGCGGAGUGCAGAUGGAAGACAAAAACGGUUCUCGAGAGUCAUCCGACCGGUACAAGAAGACGUGGUGCGCAGCGAGCUAGGUGGGUCGACCAUGUGGAAAACGAUCUGCGGACCCUACGCAGAGUGCGGAACUGGAGACAAACAGCCAUUGACCGAGUGGGAUGGAGACGGCUACUAUGUACAGCAGAGGCCACCCAGGCCUUAGUCUGAUCGGACACGCACACUACAGAACGUAGCACCCUUCUAUUGUAUAGUGGCGCCUGAGGAGAAUAAAGCUAAUGGAGGAAAGUGCUGUUAGUGCGAUUAGAAUCCCACACAAUGCCAAAUAUAUAUUGUACAUGAACAACACAACAGGCCAGUCUCUGAAGAUGUUUAAACUCUUAGUAGUCAUGCAUCCUCCAGUUAGCCUAGUGGUUAAGGCUAUGGAUCACCAAUCCGGAGACGGCGGGUUCGAUUCCCGUUCCGGUCGGGAAAAUUUUCUCGACUCCCUGGGCGUAGUGUAUCAUUGUGCAUGCCUCACAAUAUACUAAUUCAUGCAAUGGCUGGCAAAGAAAGCCCUCCAAUUAUUAUUAACUGUGGAAAUGCUCAAAGAACACUAAGCUGGAGAGAGGCAGGCCAAGUUCCAGUGAGAACGUCGAGCCAUACAGAAGAAGAAGAAGAAGUAGUCAUGCAUCCUAUGACUACAAAUGGGCCUGGACGAGUAUUUUGGCUCGUGGCUGCAGACGGUUGGGGUGAAAGAGUGGCUACUGAAUCUUUGAAAUAGUGGAUUAAUUUCAUUUGUGUACCGUGGAAGUCUAGUAACGUUGUCCCCGUUACGUGUGUAGAUCACCUUAGAAUAGUACGUUACGGAGUAAGAUCUACCAAAUCAAAUUUUGACCCAUCUUAAGUAAUCAGCCACGAUCCUAAUUUGAUAUUUUUUUUAUUUUGUUGGUGUUCUACAUUUAUGUUUUAAUGUUUACUGCUAAUUACCGUUAUAUUCCAGGAAAAUUCAGGUAAAUUUAUCGCAUGAUACAAAAGCUUAUUUGAAGGGAGAUGUUAAUACCAUUUUAUAUUUCAGAUUCGAAGCAGCUUAAGGACACCUAAUGACCAGGAUGAUUCGAAGCGAUUAUUGGCCUAGGAUCGAGUCCAGUGGAGAAAGAUGCUUCAUUCUGCGUAGAUUCAACGGAGUAAAUUGCAGACCCUCAAGUAUCCCAAACAGCACCGGAAUGUCCUCCAUCGAGCAAGAGCGGUCGUCCAGCGCUGCCGAGCCCACCCUGGUGACGGUUCGGGCCUUGGAGCGGUACGAGAAGUCCUCCCCGGUCAGCAGCAGUUCCGAUCGGACUUCGACGACGUUCACAACGACCUCCAAGGAGCAGAACACCGCCACCGCUCGCCAGGAUUCGACGACUUCGCUGCUGGGGGAUAAGCGGAAAUCGGUCAUCUACAGUGAUGCCCACUUCAGCAUCACGCUCCAUCACUACGACAGCAUCAUCAGUGAACUGAAAUGUCCAGGAUGUGCCCAAGCGUUGUACGGACCGAUCACCUUGUGCGAAACGGGGCACAGCAUCUGUGCGCGCUGUUCCGGUCGGAUUGGUGCUUGUCCGCUGUGCCGGAAGAAGCUCACCGAAAUGAGGAACUACACGUUGGAGGCGAUUGCGGCUAAGGUGCACUUUCCGUGCACUCAUGCUGCCAGGGGUUGUACGGUGCGGUUGCCGUUGGAGCUGCUCUGGUGGCACAAAGAUCGCUGUGGAUAUAAGCAAAUCGACUGCUUCAUGGGCAAGGUGUGGGAGAACUGCUCGUGGCACGGUUGCGAGAAGGACUGGAUCGGUCAUUGCGUAACCGAGCACCAGGACAAGGUGUACAACCUGCCGGACAUUGUGCUGACGUGGAACUACGCUGCGGACAGCCAGCGGUGCAUUGCGCUGCAGUCGGUCAUCGCGUACUACGUGAUUCGGGCGUACGGCGAGUACUUCAACGUGUACCAGAUCUACGAUCAGAACAGUAGGCGCACCAUUUGGACGGUCAUUUGCGCAUCCAAGGAGGCGAAGACCAGCCAGCGGUUCGCGUUCGAACUGGAGCUCUACUCGCCGAUUGAUAGUUCCAAGCUAUUGGUGCAACGGUUCCCGUGCCAUUCGGAGAACGACGCGGACUUCCUGAAGGAUGGAAACUGCGCCAAAAUUCCGCUGGAGGAAGCGAUACGGUUCAUGACGAAGGAUAAGGUCCUCUACUACCGGAUUCGAAUCGUCGAGGUCACACCCUGUCGCAGCCGCAGUCUGGUGCUGAUCAGUCAAUCCCAUAAACUGAUCAAUCCAACUCCGUCGACCCACCAGUUGCUGCCAAUCGACUACAACGUGACCAAAAUCGAAAAUGUCAACAUGAAAGCCGUUCCGGAAACGGCCAUCAUCGUACGAGGUGGAGUCAGCACUGGUUCUGCUUCCGACGCCGAUCAGGUCACAAUCGAUUCGUCGUCGUCCUCUUCUUCGUCGAACUCAUCAACCCUUCGCGAUGCAACCGAAGCCGACCUUCCGGAGGAAGACCAGGACUCCCAUGGAAAGACCCCCGCUCUGAACCGAGUCAACUCGCUUCCGAAACCUCCGCGGGUGCAAAUCCGACUGGACGAAAACACCGAACACCAGGAACAGCAGCAGCAGCAGCACCAGCAGGAGCAACACUUGGUCCGCUGUCGGCUGGUGGAACGCCAGGAGAGUAUCAAGAUGCAACCCAUCUACAUGGGAAACGGUGCUGGCGCCGAGUCGUCCUCUUCUACUUCCAACCUGACGACGGAUGGGAACGGGCGCGAAUCGAAGACGAAAGCGUCCACCGAGAGCCUGAACCAGCGCCUGAAGGGGCUGUCCAAGUUUUACAACAUCACCAGCUACAAGGCGUCCAAGCUGUGGAAUAAGAAAUCGGCCAAGGCGAUCGAAUAAAAGGAUUUCGGGGUGGUUUCAGAGCCCCAGCGAGAGACGCCCCAGCAGAAUCGGCUUUUCAAUAAUAUACAUACGUAAUUUAUUGUAUAACAGAAAACCCUAGCGUAUAGAUAAGUUGUUUGUUAUGUGAAUAAACUUUACCUUCAGAAUUUGA